UUUCGUUGCAAGUCUUUGAAUUUCCAAAAUAUUCUAGUAAGCAAAAAUUUUCUCACUUAAGAACACCGACUUUCUCCACUAAAACAGAGGCAAAACUGCAAAACAAAUGGGCAACGCCAACGGGCACAGCGGAGAUGCCACCGGAGAGGAAGAUACCACUCGACCGGCGAAACCAAUGCCCCCGUCGUGGCCGCCACGCCGCCCCACAUCAGCCGUUCAUCUUCCUCCCGGCGUUGGCCGCGUUCUCGGCCGGCCGAUUGAGGACGUGCGCGCUAGCUACCGCUUCAUCCGUGAGCUUGGCCGAGGGCAGUUCGGUGUAACCUAUCUUGUCACUCACCGAGAAACUGACCAUUCGUUCGCCUGCAAGACGAUCGCUACUAGGCGACUGGCGAAUCGCGAAAUGGUGGAAGACGUCCGUCGAGAGGUUCAGAUAAUGCAUCAUCUCACCGGCCAUCGCAGCAUCGUCGACUUGAAGGGGGUUUACGAGGAUCGGCAGUCGGUUAAUCUGGUGAUGGAGUUAUGCGAGGGUGGGGAGCUCUUCGAUCGGAUCAUUGAGCGCGGCUAUUACUCGGAAAAGGCGGCCGCGGCACUAUGCCGGGAGAUUGUCACGGUUGUUCAUGACUGCCACUCGCUCGGAGUGAUGCAUAGGGAUCUGAAGCCGGAGAACUUCUUAUUCUUGAGCAAGGAUGAGGAUUCCCCCCUAAAAGCUACGGAUUUCGGGCUAUCGGUCUUCUUCAAGCCAGGGGAUACAUUCAAGGACCUUGUUGGGAGUGCAUACUACGUAGCUCCUGAGGUAUUGAGACGUCAUUAUGGUGCGGAAGCUGAUAUCUGGAGUGCUGGAGUGAUACUUUACAUCCUUCUUACUGGUGUACCUCCUUUUUGGGCAGAGAAUGAACAGGGUGUAUUUGAGGCUAUUCUAAAUGGGCAUGUAGAUUACACUUCAGAUCCUUGGCCAUCUAUCUCCAAUGAAGCAAAAACGUUAGUGAGUAGCAUGUUACAGUUAGAUCCAAAGGAUCGUCCUUCUGCAGCUGAUAUUCUGAAGCAUCCAUGGGUAAGAAUAGAUGGAAAUGCAUCAAAUGAACCAAUCGAUAUCACAGUGAUAGCAAGAAUGAAACAGUUCAAGAAUACAAACAAGUUUAAGAAAGUAGCUUUGAAGGUGAUUGCAGAAAAUUUGUCAGAAGAUGAGAUUGUGGGUUUAAUUCAGAUGUUCAAAUCAAUGGAUACUGAUAAAAGUGGAACGAUUACUUUUGAUGAACUAAAAGAAGGACUAACUAAAUUAGGUACCAAGCAAUCCGAAUCUGAAGUGAGACAGUUGAUGGAAGCGGCUGAUGUAGAUGGUGACGGCUUGAUUGACUAUGUUGAAUUUGUAACUGCUACAAUGCAUAUGAACAGAAUGGAGCGAGAAAAUCGUUUAUACAAGGCAUUCUUAUAUUUCGAUGAGGAUAGAAGCGGAUACAUCACGAUGGAGGAGCUGAAACAUGUCCUCAAGCAGUAUAACGUGUUUGAUGACAAAUUGAUAAAGAAUAUAAUUGAUGAAGUUGAUGUGGAUCGUGAUGGAAAGAUCAACUAUGACGAGUUUGUGGCUAUGAUGAGGAAAAAUAAUGGAGAGAUUAUACUGACCGGAAAUCAUAGUAGAAAUUAGCUGCAUAGAUAUCUCAUCCAACAUUUAGUGAUUUGGGUGUAUGUUUUAGCAUUUCAGGAUAUCAUGGAGUUAGAUUAGUAGCAUAUGUACAAGCAGUGUUGCGUUUUCCGUUCGAUGGAAUUCUGGUGCGUUCAGUAGUUGAGAUUUCCAUGUAUCAACAAAGCUUUCAAAGAGUAGAGAGAUAUUAAGCCUGUACUCCUAAAGAUUAGCCUUUCAAAAGUAUUGUAUUACAACCUCUGUAUAGAGGUUUGAAGCAUCUUUGUGAGUCCAUUGACAUUGAAAUUACUUAAAUCAGAAUACCUGAAGGCAAGGCCUUGAAUCAGUUGAUCCAAUAAGAUUCUUUAAUUUUUCAUGGUCA